GUCCAAUCAUCCCGUUGUAAUGUCAACCGGAUUCCGGUAAUCACCAUUGUUCGUACCCUUCUAACCGUUUCAUAUAUAAAAUCACUUAACAUCCAACCCUCUCUUUUGCAAAUAAACCUAUAUUUCUGAGUCAUAUUUUUUAUAUUCAGCACGUAACUCAAGAAGCUAGCAUAGCUCACAGGUUCAAACAAGUCUGCAAUUUGACAAGAAGAAAUAAAGGCUUGCCAUGGCUGAAGAGUUUCAAGCUAGAAUUUGUGGUGAAAACUGGUGGAGUAGUUCUAUUGAUUCAUCACCGAUUGCUUCUUCUCCUUGUUCCGUGGCAGCUCAUAAUGAUGCAGGAAUCUACAGCACUCGUCAAACAGAUUUGAAGGCAACCAAGUGCUGUGUUGAAGAGACUAACAAUUUGCUUUCCAACACGUACCUGGGUUUUGCUGAUGCACAGAAGUCACCCAAGAGUGAAUCAGCCAGAGGAAGUGACAGCUUGUUGAUCGAUUCCACCUUACAGAUGAUGGGUUUUGGCCUUACAUCUUCAGCAUCAGACAAUUGGAAUCAACAUCUAUUAGUUCGAUGCAAUGGAAGGGCAGAGAGCAAUUUUGAUUCCGUGCUUCAGGAAGAAACGGGAAUAGAUUCUUCUAAUUCACAAAUCCGCAGGAAUUGGAACCCAAAGAGCUUCUCCUGUGCUGGUGGAGGACACCAACAAAUUGAUAAUUUCAAGCCAUUGAAUCAAGAAUUUUCAGUAGAUUACCAGAAUCUAUGUUCGUUAACCAGCAAUGGGUUAUCAUCAAAUCGUGAUUUUGCAAUUGGAUCAGCCUCAUAUGGUAACCCUUCACCGUUACGAAGCUUAUAUGAACCUGAUCCUCAUCCACAAUUACCACAGCACUCACUUUUCACCAACCAUUCAAUGUCCUAUUCAUCAAAAGCAAGUUAUGGGACACCCUGCACUGAACUAACGCCAACAUGGUCUAAAGUCACUACUUUUCUGAAGCCCACAACUAUAGCAAAGCAACACCCUAUUGGACUUCACUUUUCUAACAACACCACUUUCUGGAGUGCUUCCGCCGACGCACUUAACGACAUAAGAGCAGGUACCUUUGCUUCAUCACAAUCACAAUAUCAAACGCCAACUUUCGAUCAAGAGAAACCCAAUUGCCCAAGUAUUCUAUUAAACAAGCUCAACAGUGAAGAAACUCUAGAUUCGGCAACAAUGGCGAAGAAAGAUGCUUGUGAAGCAGCAUUAAAGAGGCCAAGGAUUGAAACUCCGUCCCCAUUACCGACUUUUAAGGUUCGGAAAGAGAAGCUAGGGGACCGGGUCACUGCUCUUCAGCAAUUGGUUUCACCUUUCGGAAAGACCGACACCGCAUCCGUUCUUCACGAAGCCAUCGAGUACAUCAAGUUCCUUCAUGAUCAAGUCAAUGUUUUGAGUACCUCAUAUAUGAAAAACGGAGCUCCCAUCCAACCGCAGCAGGUACUAAAAACAUGA